AGGAGCUUGGAAACAUCUACAGCAUUCUGGCAGCGCAAGCGGUAACGAAGAUGGGCAUUCGACCCAAUCGCGAACCUCCGCAGGAGAGCGUGCAGAUUCUUUCGGUGACGCCGAAGGGGUGGGCCGAAGAGCAGGGAGUCCAAAUCGCAGAUCAUUUGAUGAUGAUCAACCACAAGCCCGUGACCACCUUGCCACGUGAUGAAUAUCAUCGUCUCAUGUCUUCCGUGCGACCGCUGCUCUUCACUUUUGCACGAUGUAGCGAGGCCCAAAAACGGGAGGUGGCGGCCACACGAAUGCAGCUGCUCUACCGCAUGAGGAAAGCGCGACAAGCCAUGAAAGAGAAGAAGGCCGAAAGAGAUGCUGGAGGC